AGAUUAGAAAAUACAAGGAAGAAAAGAAAAAAGAAAAUGUUGCAUAAAGAUUAUCGAAGUUUGACUGAUUAUAAAGAAUAUCCAAAAAAAUUUUAAGAAGAAGCAGAAGGAGAAGAUCAUUUUGAUGAUGAUCCUAAUAAUUGA